GCAUGUGGAUAUCCUUCAAGACGAGCAAGAGGGAACCACCAGGACGGUCAUUGCCAUGGUGGUCUCGAUUUGGGCAGCUACCAUGCUGCAAGUCUUCGCUCGCCACACUUCACGAGUAAGGCAAGUCUGGGGGGUGCCUGCAGAGGAGGA